AUGCAAGCGAUGAGCGCAAACGCAAGCGCGCCGAGAGCGCCGCAACGGUCGCCCUUCGCGAUACAAGAACUGCUGGGCCUCUCCGACAACCGGGACAGCCGCGACCGGUAUUUCGAGAGCCGCGACGGCGAUAGAGUUCUGAACUUAUCGGAGAGCAGGGAGCCCCGGUCGGCGUACACGCCUCAGUUCCCGCUGCCGGCCUCUGUGGCGAGUAGAGUCGCGUACGCGGCCGCGUUCAACGCACAGGCGGCCGUUGCCGCUGCCUUCCUGCCCGGACCUCCGCUCUUACACCCACCGCCUGGUUUCCCGCAAAUAAAGUCGCCCUACAGUCCCUCCGCGCAGCCUCACCUCACAGCUGUUCGACAAUUUUAUUCAGGAGUGUCGUCACUAGAAGCAGCGAAGGACUUCACCGUCGACGGCCUCACCGGGUACAACGGCAAGAAAAAGAAGAAAAAACGUAGACAUAGCCGGACCAUCUUCACCUCCUACCAGCUGGAUGAGCUGGAGAAAGCCUUCAAGGACGCCCACUAUCCAGAUGUGUACGCCAGGGAGAUGCUCUCGCUGAAAACUGAUCUUCCCGAAGACAGGAUACAGGUGUGGUUUCAAAACCGGCGAGCCAAGUGGCGCAAGACGGAGAAGUGCUGGGGCCGGUCCACCAUCAUGGCGGAGUAUGGCCUCUACGGCGCCAUGGUGCGGCACUCCCUCCCUCUACCAGAGACUAUCCUCAAGAGCGCCAAGGAGAAUGACAACGUCGCGCCCUGGUUACUCGGUAUGCACCGCAAGUCGCUGGAGGCGGCGCAGCACCUCAAGGAGUCGGGGUCGGAGCGCGAGGGUUCCGAGGCGGAGGCGGAGCGCGCGCCCUCCGCCUCGCCACACCGACACGACAACCAUGACACCCAGGCGCAGAGUUCCCCAGGAAGCAGCACGACGGCGUCGUCAUCGGCCAAGGGCAGAACAUCGCCAGACGGUCGCGAGUUGUACGAGGACCCUGAGGCCUUCCGUAACAAUAGCAUCGCCUGCCUCCGGGCGAAGGCUCAGGAGCAUCAGGCGAGGCUGCUCUCGAACAAUCUACUCCUUCAGGUGCGCGGUCUCCAGCGAGCGAGCGGCGCGCCGAGCGCGGCGGAGGACGACGGCCCCGCCGACAUCGACGUGGGCACCGAGCCGUCCCCGCUGGACGCGGCGCGCCUCUACUGA